CCGGGUGUGGUGGUGUGCACACAAAAACAAUGAAAAUAUAUUAUUAAUUAUAAAGUUGCUCCAGUACACUUAGACCUGACAAUUCUCUACCAAGUUUCUUAUCAAUGGUUCAAAAGGCUGACUACACGCUUCUCGCUGGAAAACAAAAGUUUUCCUGCUACAACAUCAUUAUCGUGGUCAUCAUAUUCAUCCUCGGUUUUAUAUCCAUUGGCUUUCUGGCCUACAAUUUCUUCCAAACUGCCAUAGCUGAGGAAGAACUCGUCAGUAAUGUCAAAGUGCCUUCGUGGAUGCAUUGGAUUUGGAAUCACAACGCCACUCGCGUCAGGGCUUCUAAAUCCUCUGUAAAACCCAUUGAUGAGUAUUUUUUAGUAUGCUACUACACAAAAGUCAACGACUCGGAUUACAGUAAACUGCAACCCAGCAAUAUUGAUCCUCACCUGUGCACUCAUAUCAUUGUUGGUUUUGCCUCGGUGAUAAAUAAUACAAUUGACUUGGGUCCAAACUUGGAUGUUUACAAAAAAGUUGUUAAACUAAAGGAAAAUGCACCAAAGCUCAAAGUUAUGGUCAGUAUUGGAGGUGCUAGCAACGAAGCAGGCUUUCCAGAUAUGGUGGAAAACUAUGAAAACAGAAAAUCUUUUGUCAAAUCAGUAUUAAAUAUUACAAAAUCUUUGAAUUUGGAUGGCAUCGAUUUGGAUUGGGAAUUCCCCGCGUGGACUAAUGCACCUGGUCGGCAAAAAAGUCAUUUUGCACAACUAGUGCAUGAAUUGCGGCAAGAGUUCGACCUCAGUGGCAGAAAGCUUCUUUUGAGUGCUGCUGUGGCAGCUCCACAAGCUAUUAUCGACCAGAGCUACGAGGUUCCUUCAUUGGCAAAAAACAUUGACUUUAUAAAUCUCAUGUCGUACGACUACCACUUUUAUGUGUGGUACUAUCCGGUCACUGACUUGAAUUCCCCGCUAUACUCGCGAUCUCUGGAAACUGGCUACUUGACUUCGUUAAAUAUAAAUUUUUCGGCUAAUUACUGGGUUCUCCAAGGGAUGCCUCGUGAAAAAAUAGUCGUGGGAAUUCCGUUGUUUGGUCAUUCUUAUAAAUUAUACAAUCAUCAAAAUCAUCAAUUAAAAGCACCAGCUAGUGGCUAUGGAGACACGGGAGUUUUAGGAUUUGUUACGUAUCCAGAUGUAUGUGAUUUUUUAAAAAAUGGAGCAGUAAGAAUUUUUGUAAAAGAUAGUCAAGUACCUUAUACGUACAAAAACAGUGAAUGGAUUUCAUACGAUGACAUAUCAAGCGUAACUUAUAAGACAACGUGGAUUAAAUAUAAUGGUUUUAAAGGUGCAAUGGUGUUUUCCUUAAAUACAGAUGAUUGGAAUUCCACAUGCACACCUAAUCACAGAUUCCCUUUAACAGACGCUGCAAAAAAAGUUUUAAAUUAAAAAUAAAAAUUAUAUCGUCAUUUGACACUUCAAAGACUGGCACUAUCUAUAAGUUGUAAAUAAAAUAUUUAUAAAUUUUGUGUCGAAAGGUUGAAGACUUAAAAAUUU